GUUAAAUCAACCGCUGUCUGCCGUGCUUUAGUGGAACGAAGCCGUGGGACAGAGUUACGCACACUCUGUUCGAGUUUGUCUGUCCGCCUAGACAAUUUUUACAGGUGACUGCCUCGCUGGAUACUUUACUCAAGUAACACGGAGAACAGUUCGAGGAGUUGUUGAGAGAGUUUCUGACAGAUUUGUAGAAAUCAGAGCGACUUUUCGAAGUGGAUUUGUACGGGUAUUACAUGUAGACGUCCCCCGCCUGGCGAGCGGCACCGUGUCAAGGCGGACAGCAAUUUUACCUGCCACCGUCUCAUGCUGAACUAGGAAAAUUUCAUCGUGGGAAUUUGAACAAAAUAUCCUCAUGGCCUCUUUUAGAAACCGGCCUGUAUUCAUGGCUCGAGGGUGGGAUGUGUCUCGUGGCUGGUGUUUUGUGUUUCUUAUUGUUCUAUCUCUGUCACAAAAAACAGUGGCAUUCCGAAGAAAGGUUGCGGAAAACUGCAAUGAGAACACUUUGGAAUCCAGGGAAGACUUGGCCAACGUGAUUUUGUCUGGAACUGUGAAAAAACUUUACCCAAACGGCCACCCGGGUAUGAUGAAGGGAGAUAUCGAAGUUAAGCGCAUUUUUAAAGGAUUUAAUGUCAUUAAUGAGUUGACUAACGAUUAUAAGAAUUCCCUUUCUAAUGCUAGAAAUUAUCGCGAGUUAACGGUUGACCGUAAUCAGAACAGGGCUGCCAAUGCUAUUAAAGAUGGGGCGCCCAAGAGGGGCUCUCACCUCAUGCUGACAGUUGACGGGUUCGGCGACCCUGAACUUUGCGACACCAAAGUGAAUAAGUUUGACACGAGAAUUUUCCUACUAACGAAAGGAAAUAAUGGUGAAUUGAAGCUGAAUUCCAGUGUAGUGAGGGUUACUUUACGAAACUUGGAACAUGCAGAUGCUGUAGUUAAAGGUGUUCCAUUUAACCCACCUACACCUCUUCCAGCUGGCCCGUGCGAUCGUUACUACUGUGCGUUUGGCGCCAUUUGUAUGACAAACACCACCACCAACGCCCCCUACUGUCAGUGUAUAGAGAAGUGUCACCAUGUAUUUUCACCAGUCUGCGGCAGCGACGGGGUCACCUACUCCAGCGAAUGUCACAUGCGCAAAGCAAGCUGUAUAGGACAGAAGCGUAUCCAGGCCCGAUUUCCAGGGGCUUGUGAUGUGAAGGACCCUUGCGAGGGGCGGGUGUGCAGCUUCGGAGCCCGCUGUGUGCCUUCACUGGACCUGACGGCCGCGCGCUGUGAGUGUCCGGCCAGGUGCGAUUCAUAUGGAGACAGCGUGGGAAGCAACCCCGUAUGUGGGAAUGAUGGCGUAGAUUACCCCAACAUGUGCGAGAUGCGACGAGCAGCAUGCAGGCAGAUGAAGGACAUCAGAGUCAAGUAUUACGGCAAAUGUGAUCCAUGCGAGGGAUAUGAAUGUCCAGUGGCUCAAGUAUGUCAACUAGACGAGAAACGGAAGCCAGUCUGCCGCUGUAAUGACCUGUGUCACUUCGACUUUUCCCCUGUGUGUGCCAGCAACGGUCGCACCUACAGCAAUGACUGUCUCAUGCGAGUGGAGGCAUGCAAAACCAGGAAAGAGAUUCAUGUGGUUUUCCGUGGAGAUUGCAACAAAGAAAAUAAUCCCUGCAGUCGUUUGCAGUGCAGUAUGGGUGAGGAAUGUAAUAUCGACAGGCAAGGGAGAGCAACCUGCGUGUGUCCACAGCCAUGCGAGCCUGUAUUACGACCAGUGUGUGGCACCGACCAAGUCACGUACGACAACGAGUGUGAAUUGCGCCGCCAGUCCUGCGUGCAGCGGAAGGCUGUCUCUAUUGACUUCAGUGGUCCAUGUGGUAUGGACGGGCCAUGUCGCGGGACGGUCUGCGAUCACGGAGCCACCUGCGUGGUUAAGAGAGGCCUGCCAGUCUGUGAAUGCCCUACCUGCUCAGAGGAAUUCAAACCGGUUUGUGGCACAGACGGAAUUUCCUAUACAAAUGAGUGUAAACUUCGGAUAGAGAACUGUGAAAGGAAAACGUACGUGGAAGUUCGACAACAAGGACUUUGUAAUGGCUGCAGUCAGGUGAAGUGUGACUUCUACUCUGUGUGUGAGAGUGAUGGAAAACAGGCGCGUUGUGUCUGUCCCUCACAGUGUGUGCAGGUGGAAUCUAAAGUUUGCGGCACAGAUGGAGUGACCUAUCAAAACGAAUGUGAGCUGAAGGUUGCGGCAUGCACCAAGAAACAGCUAAUCACCAUCGUGUCUGUGGGCGAAUGUGAUCUUUGUAACAAGGUAAAGUGUAAGUUCGGUGCCAAGUGUGAGAACGGUCUGUGCGUCUGCCCCAUGACGUGCCCCUCCACCUACGACCCCGUGUGUGCCAGCGACGAGCAGACCUACAAGAACGAGUGUGAGAUGAGAAUGGUGGCCUGCUCUCAGAGUAUCGAACUCGACGCCAUUUUCAACCGGGAGUGUGACACGUAUGAAAUGUCUGGAAGUGGCUCUGGAGAUGAGGUGUGUGAUGAGACCACAUGUAAUUUUGGAGGCACAUGCGCUCUGACAGCGGACAAUGAACAUGGAUGUACAUGCAACUUCAACUGUGAGGCUGUCAGGGAGGUAGUGUGUGGCUCUGACGGUAGUACCUAUGGUAAUGAAUGUCUUAUGAGGGAGGAGUCAUGCAGGAGGCAAGAGGAGAUAAGCAAACAAGCUUUGGAAAACUGCGAUAUUGAGGAAGAGGCUUGUGAUGGCAAAGAGCCCUUGAUUAAUCCAAUCACAAGUCAGGAAUACGACUGUGAUUUCCAACAUGACGUUUGUCCCGCCCACAGUUAUUGUCACAAAGGACAGUCAUUUGCGAAGUGUUGUCCUGAAGAUCAAACCAAGAGUUGUUGGGACACACCCUAUGGAUGUUGCCCGGAUGGCAAGACGGUCUCCCCUGGGGCGUAUCAUGCUGGAUGCCCAAGCUACUGUCAGUGUAAUCCUCUGGGGUCGUUCAGUACGACCUGUGACUCCAAGUCCCGACAGUGCACGUGUAAGCCUGGAGUUGGGGGGCUUCGGUGUGACCGCUGUGAACCAGGCUACUGGGGACUACCCAGGAUCAAUGAAGGCAACAUUGGCUGUAUACCAUGUGGCUGUAACAUUCAUGGUUCUGUGCGUGAUGACUGUGAGCAGAUGACGGGUCGCUGCAUGUGCAAGCCUGGUUACACAGGCAUGAAGUGUAACAUCUGCCCUAAUGGAAGCCUGCUUGGACCAUUCGGAUGUGAUAACAAUGGUCGAGACACUCCUGUGAAGUGUUGGGAACUCUCCUGUCAGUUUGGUUCAGUUUGUGAGGAGACAGAGGGCGUGGCUCAGUGCAUCUGUAAAGGCACCUGUCCAUUCAAUGAGAGACCCUCACUUGUCUGCGGGACAAACGGACAGACGUACGGCUCAGAAUGUCAGCUGAAACUGUUUGCAUGUCGUCUGAAGCAAGACAUAAAAGUGGCCUACAGUGGACCCUGCAGUGGAACAACUACCUCAGCAGUAACAACAUUAGCUCCCCCCACCACAAAGUUGCGCAACACAAAGUUCGUGGCACGGCUAACGAAUGAAGACUACGGCCGAUUCCUCACAAAACCAACCGUCCGAUCACCUGGUAGACCAAGAGGGAGGAUAGAUGGGCGGUGUCCCGAGUCUGGAGACUGUAACAUUCCACACUCACGCUGUCGUCAGGGAGUCUGUAAAUGUCUCAACAGCUACAUACCAACACUAGAUAACACUAUGUGCUCAGAAGUACGCCGCCCAUCCACUGCCAGUCCUCCACCCACAGAUGGGGAUAUUUGUGACAUCAACCCAUGUCAGAACGGAGGUACAUGUACACCGGACAAGUCCCUGGGUUUCAGCUGUUUAUGUCCCCUGGGUAAAGGGGGCGCCAUCUGCAAGGAGGAGAUCGCAUUUGGUGUCCCAUCCUUCUCGGGCCAGUCAUACCUUGUUCUACCGGGCUUUCCCCAGGUCAGUAGGGAACUCACCAUAGAGCUGGAGUUUCGCUCCCUCAACAAGGACGGCAUUCUCCUCUAUACGGGACAGCACCUCUCUGGGGGCAGGGACUUUGUAGCCCUGGCAGUGAUUGAUGGAUACGUAGAAUUCAGGUUUGACUUGGGUAGUGGACCGGUCACUUUAAGAAGCAGAAACCCCAUAGAGCUCAACAAAUUUACCCGUGUUGUGGCACGGCGUUACCAGCGUGACGGACUACUAGUGAUUGGAGACGAGAAGGGAGUACAGAAGAGUAGUCCUGGAGAUAUGAAGUCUCUAGACUUGGAGGAGAAUUUGUACCUCGGCAAUGUGCCCAAUCAGGACAAAGACAUAAUUGAUAGAAUUGGGGUCAACGUGGGACUGGUGGGCUGCAUCGAGUUCAUCCGAGCAGGAAGGAAGGAGAACAUGAGAGAGUACAAACUGAGCUACCCCACAGAGCCAAAUGAUAUACUGGAUGGAGGUCAAAUAAGUGACUGUGGUGACAGCCCAUGCAGUAGUCUCCCUUGUCAGAAUGGCGGCACCUGUAUUGUGCUGGACAAUGCCUCCCACAAGUGUCUCUGCACAAAAGAGUUCCAAGGUGAUCAGUGUGAGAAGCCAUCCAGUCCAUGUCUCAACAACCCAUGUCAGGGAGGGGGAGUGUGUUUUGCCACCCCUGAUGGUGACUUUGACUGUACCUGCCCUGCUGAUAGGGAGGGAAGGUUUUGUGAAAAAGUGACAAUGAAGUCCGCAUCUGUCCCAGAGUUUGAUGGUAAUUCCUACAUGGAGCUGCCUCUGACUGACUACGUGGGCAGACAACUCUCCAUUGAAGUCUGGUUCAAGGCUCUGAAACCUGAUGGAGUGAUUUUGUUUGCCACGCAGUACUCAGGAGGAAGUGGAGACUACAUCUCACUCAAUCUCAUCAACAGGACACUAGAGUUUACAUUUGACAUUGGAAGUGGACCAGCCGUAAUCAAGAGUGCUAAACCCAUUGAACUGAACACGUGGACGAGUGUGGUGGCCCAGAGGCUCAACAAGAAUGGGGACAUGAUCGUGGAUGGUGGAAAACCUGUCACUGGCAAGGCCAAGGGAUCCAUGAAUGAAUUAAACCUGGGUGAGAGCAUGUUUGUUGGAGGUUACCCCAGUAUUUUAGACUUGCCUCAUGCGGCAGAGAUUGUGUCCCGGUUCACUGGAGCCAUUCAAAGGAUUUACAUCAAUGGCCGCCUGAUAGACGAUUUGCCUUCAGAAGCUCUCACAAAGCAUAACGUGAAAGAGUAUGAGGGCCCACCAUGUAAUGUGAACCCCUGUAUGAACGGAGGGGUGUGUGUGCCUCAGCUGAGCUCCUACACCUGUAGAUGUCCCAUAGAGUACGUGGGAAUGAGGUGUCAGAUAUCCGCUGUCUCCAUGAAUGAAGACCGACCAGUCUCAUUUGACCGUACCACAUUUCUUCAGUAUGAAAAUAAACUCACAGAAAGCUUAAGAGGCCAACAAGAUAACAAAUUUUCAUUAAAAUUCAAAACAAAACGGAAGAAUGGAUUGCUACUGUUUAGUAACCAAGGUGAUUCCCUUAGGGGAGACUACCUAGCCCUGGCCAUUGUUAAUGGGAAAGUGGAGUUCAGUUAUAAUCUGGGCAAACAGUCAGAAGAUGACAUGUUUGUGAUUCGCUCUGAUGUGUCAGUGAACAACAAUAAGUGGCACACAGUCACAAUCCAGAGAGAAAAACGUGUUGGUACUUUAACAGUAGAUGAUGAAAACCCCAUCAGCGGGAUAUCACUAGAGGGCGCCUCACAACUGGAUACAGAUGGAGUGUUAUGGAUUGGAGGGCGUGCAGAUUUACCUCAAGGGCUUCCCAAAGAGUAUGGAGACGGUUUCAGAGGAUGCAUUAAGGACAUUGUUAUUGACAACCAAAGUCUUCACUUGGUCAAUGACAGAACCUUUGGUGUUGGAAGGAUAUCGUUCUGCGCCAACUGAACAGUGUGCUAACAGUCACUGUUAAAAUCUGCUGAGUUCAUCAUUAUCAAAACAAGCCACCACCACCACCGAAGCUCAGUGACUCCCUAGAAACAUUGUGAAAACAUUUGUAGUCUUUUGUACAUCAUGUACACAAACUCUGUGUGGAGUUUGCAUGCUCGUACAGUAUACGGGGGGGCAUCUGACGAUCGUGGCAAGCAGAAAAACCUUGUCACACUGGAGGACAUUUCUUUACAACACCACAAAGGUUGUGCAUUUUCCUGUGAUACCUCUGUCUUUUUGGGUUGAAUGGUUGCCAUGGCAACCGCAUGCUGUACCGCGGAUUUCUUCUACGCAGACGGAUAUUUGUUUUGAAAUAUGAAACAGGGAAGUGUGUACCACAGGAAAGGUGUUUAAAAUGCUAAAUGAACACUUUAUCAGUAUGAUGUGGUAUUCAUCAAUUCGUAUGAAUACCAAUAUACAUGUAUCACAGAAGUUACAUUUGUAGUACUUCCUGUACCACCGAGUUAACCAAGUGUAUAGCGUUGUUUUUUUGUUUUUGAUCAGACAUGUACAUGUAGAAUGUAUGACGCAAUGUUAUCAAGGGUACCAGUGUAUGGUAUACCUAGAGAUUGUUCAAGAGGAUCCAUUCUUGUGAAAUUUUUAGUCUCUGUGUGAUUUUUUAAUUUACAUGAUCUUCCACUGAAGUCGAACAAAUCAUUCAGAAAUCGUCAUGCAUAUUGGUUACCAUGGUACUACUCCUUUUUUUGUUCAGAGUCGUCAUUAAAUCAUUUUUUAAUUUAGUUUGAUUAAGACCAUAUAUGGAUAGUCUGCAGUAAUCCAUGAGACCUACAUGUACACAAUGAUAAU